AGAAUUGGAUCCUGUUUCAUCAAGAUGGUGUUGCUGGAGAGCGAGCAGUUCCUGACCGAGCUGACCAGGCUCUUCCAGAAGUGCUGGACGUCGGGCAGCGUGUUCAUCACCCUGAAGAAAUAUGAUGGUCGAACCAGAUCGAUCCCAAAGAAGGGCUCUGUGGAGGGCUUUGAGCCUGCGGAUAACAAAUGUCUAUUGAGAGCGACGGAUGGGAAAAAGAAGAUCAGCACUGUGGUGAGCUCUAAAGAAGUGAAUAAGUUUCAGAUGGCCUAUUCAAACCUGCUGAGGGCUAACAUGGAUGGGCUGAAGAAGAGAGACAAGAAGAACAAGAGUAAGAAGGCGAAAACACCACAGUGAACAGCUCUGGGUUCUCUGUUCUUACCAGUUGACCAACAGA